CGAGCGCGCGCGCGUAUUUAAUUGAGUGUGUUGCGUGAGUCCGCACGCGCCGUGCUGUCACAAACAGAAGAUGUUUGACAAGCUCGUCCGAGACGCACGCGCUCAUUUCUAACCGUUUCACUUGUUUGCUCCGGUCGCGUUGAAUAAAGUGAAUAAGAAUCUGUCUAGACAUUUGUCCUGGCAAGAGAAGAGAGGAAAAGAACAAAGAAAAAAGAAGAAAUCUUGUUUUGGUAUUGAUUGGCUUGGAUGGUCAUGGGGGAUAUGGUGGCCUAUGACUGAUAUGACCUUUUGAAUCUGAAAAUUUCAAGAUGUCAGAAACGGGACGAUCCGAAAAUAUUCCAGAAUGCACUACGGAGGAGACUUCACCUCCUUGUACCACAGACACAGAGGACUGUCAUCUAUCCAGCCAGAUAAAAUCAGAUGAUAACCGUGGACAACUCAAGAAGAAACCGAAGGCUAAAGGAAAAUUAGUUCGGAGCACAGCUGUGUGUGAUGAGUCUUUAUCCACUGAGGAGAACAGCAAGGAAAAGGAGAGCAAGACAACUGUAUCUAGUAACCAUGGUGACAGUCCUGCCUGCAGUGAGGGGGAAGAGGAGACAAGCGUCACAUCCAAAAAAACAAGUUUAUCUAAAGAGCCCAGUCUGGAGUACACCGACUCCACAGGCAUUGAUCUGGAGGAGUUUUUAAUCACUACUUUGAAAAGCAGUCCCAGGGAUAGACUGAUGCUUCUAAAACUCGAGCAAGACAUGACUGACUUUAUGACAGACAACAGUUCCUAUAAAAGAUUCCCUCAGAUGUCCUCGUAUCACAGGAUGCUGGUCCACAGGGUUGCCGCUUAUUUUGGACUGGAACACAAUGUGGAUCACAGUGGAAAAGCUGUUAUCAUCAACAAGACCUGCAAUUCCAGAAUACCAGAACAUCGGUUUGCUGAACAUGUUCAGGAGGAUAAAACAGAGGAAAGAAGAUCAAUACUGAAGAGAGACACCAGUCAGGAGAAAGAAGACAGUCAGCUGAGGAUUCCAUCUCUUAAAGAACAAAUGAGGAGUAAGUCAAUAGAAGAGAGAGAGGAGGAGUACCAGAAAGUCAGAGAACGCAUAUUCUCACAGGAUUCCACUUGUCUUUCUCAGAGUGUUUAUAUUGAGACCAGAGGUCUAGAUGACAGCAGUAUUCUCAGUGAGACCCAGAGAAGACGGCAGCUAUUUAGGGGUAACAGGGACGGUUCGGGGCGGCUAUCCGGCAGCAGGCAGAGCAGCUUCGAGCUGGACUCUCAUUGGAAUGACCCUCGUCCUUGGAGCAGCACAGAUUCUGACAGCCCGACAUGGACGUCUAAAUCUGCACACACUCGUUCAGACAGCAGCUCCAAACUCUGCAAACCAGUGUCUGAGUCAGCUCUGUCAUACGCUCCACCCAACAGCAGCCCUGCUUACAUUAUUGUUCCUGCUGAGUCAUCUAUACCUCCUGGGAGCAUCUUAUUAAAUCCACAUACAGGGCAGCCAUUUCUAAAUCCUGAUGGAACUCCAGCUGUUUACAACCCACCAGUGAGUCAGAAGCCAUGUAACCAGUUUAACCCAGUACAGUCACAAGCCCCGCCCCCUCCACCUCAGCAGCAGCCAGUAGCAAGCCAUGGUGUCCCACAGGUUCAGUACUCUUCUGUGACAUACCUUCCACCUCAGCAGUUAAACAUUUCUACCUCCCAGCAACACCAAAUAGAACAGACUAGGGAAGACGCUGCUGCUAAGUUUGGUCACAUGACCUUGAGUCACCAGUCAUCAUCAGGGGAUCUUCCAGAUAUGUCCUCGUUCUACAUACAAGGAGCUCCUCCCACACAGAGCUAUGCUCCGCCCCACCACAGUUACGCUCCGUCUCACAAUUCAGACAGCUAUAUUACACCUGGACUUACACUGGCUCCUCCUACAGCCCCGCCCCCCCUGAGUCAGCAGAGCAGCCAGGUUUCAGUGUAUAGUUACCCUGUUCAGUGUCCCAGUGCAUCUCAGCAAUACGCAGCAGCCAGUUACAACACACAAACAGUAUGGGCAGGCGGGCCUGUCAUGUCAAACCAACAAGGCUGCCCUGGCAUGAUGGGAAGUCAGAUUCUACCCCAAACACAGCAAGGCAUUGUGGGACCUUACCCAUCCGUAUCCUCCUAUCAGGUACCUCAGCAGCAGCAGCAGCAACAACAACAACAGUCCUAUCCUGCAAUGCUGGUGUCAGGACAAGGUGGGCAGGCACAGUGUUUGGUGCCCUCUGCUGGAGUUCAAGUAUACUGCAGCUCUAUGGCCCCUUCUUCACCUCCACCACUCAAUAUGAUGGGGGUCUCCUUCCAGUCAAGUAGCUGCAAAAAUGGCUGUAGCGUUAAUCAGAACCAGUGCUGGUACUAAAGACACUAUAUAGUGUUAUGAAUUCAUCAUAUGCAUUCAGUAUUUGUAGCUUGACAAUAAUUGUUCUCUACAGUCUGUAGCACUCGAGUCUGACGAUAGCAUCCAUCAGAUUCAAAUUUUUCUACGUUUUGAACUUUAUUUUACAUGGACAUCAGUAGCAUCAUGUUUAAAUUGCUAUUAGAGCAUAAUUUAUACUAUUUAUAUUAUUACUUGUGUUUUGCCUAAUAUGGAUAAAAUGUUAUAUUUGAAUAGUAUAUAAUACUAUAUUUAUCUUGUUUAUAGAGGGCUAUAUUACAUACAUUGGUAAUGAAACUAGAUUAAAUGUUUUCCGUUAUAAAAACAGUAUGUCAACUGUUUUAAAACAGAUUUUGGCUUGUUUGUUUGUUUGUUUUACAGAAUUUUAUUAGGAUGUAACAUUUGACCAGACUGAACAAUAACCUAAGUGGCAUUUCUUAAAUAUAUGGCCUUUUAAGUGGAAA